AUGUCCUCGAAAGACUCGUUAAGCAUCUCAACUGACAAUUCACAUCAGUUGCUCAAUCUCGGAACCAUUGAGAUCGAUGCCAACUACGUUCUUGCUGGACACCCCAAUGCGGGAAGCGCGAGCAAUCCAAACCCGAAGCACGAGCGGAUUGACCUCGUUCUAAUUGCUGUUCUCAUCGAACAUCCUAAGGCAGGGCUGAUUCUGUUCGAGACCGGCUGCCACGAUGACAUGAAAGAACAAUGGGGCCCCAUGUACGAUGUGUCUCCCCGCAAGAACUACACUUCGCACAAUACGCUCCCCGAACAAAUUGCCGCCACGGGACACGAUAUCAAGGACGUUACGGCAGUCUUGAUGGGCCAUCUUCAUGCGGACCAUUCGGGGGGAUUGAUGCAUUUCAUCGACACCGAUGUCCCCAUCUAUGUGCAUGAUGAGGAACUCCACACUGCGCUGUGGUCACUUUUCACAAAGGCCGAUCGAGGUCCAUACCAAGCGUCGUACUUGACACCACGACUCAACUGGCAAACCUUUGACGGCAAGGUGACGGAGAUUUUCCAAGGGCUCUCGUUGCAUCAUUGCCCAGGUCACACGGCAGGACUAUGCUGCUUGCAAGUUGACCUCAAAGACGCAGGUACCUUCAUUUUCACAGGCGACCAGUUCCAUGUCAAGGAGAAUUAUACCCUUCGGCAACCACAGGGAUUUCUGGGAAGAGAUAGAACGACGUGGCUACAGUCAUUGACCUAUAUCGAGAGGCUGGAAAGACUACUGGACGCUAAGAUCGUCUAUGGGCAUGAUUCUGAAUGCUUUUAUGAGAUGAAACAAUUGCCACAGUUCUAUACGUGAGAAAGAAAUGAACAUGUCUUAGAGACCAGAGAGUAGGUGGAUGGUUCUUGGACUGGGAAAGUCUCCUGUCAAGUUACAAGAUAUAGUCAUA